CAAGUACUUAACCAAGGCCAAAACUCACAAGUCCAAUGAAAUAGCACCAUAAACUCCCUAUCCAAAGAGUCAUGUCAGUAAUGUCCAGAUGGAUAAUAAACAAGGCAAAUGAUGAUAGGGUUCAUCCUAUAAAGCCACAAAUGGGUGGUUCUUAAUACUUUUGGGAAGUCCAAGAAAUCUUACACUUCACUAUUAAAAAUCUCCACCCAUUUUCAACAAAAUAUCCCAAAUUCUAAUUUUUCAGGAAAAAAACCAUCAACAGAAUAAUUCAAAAUAGAUAUUUUCUUCUAAAAAUUUUAAUUUUGGCCAUUUGUUUUGGAAAUAACUUUAUUUCCUCUUGCUUAGUCAGGAGUAUUUUUCAUUAAGUGAGAAUCAUCAAUGGCCUCAACAACUUCUUCAUCACUUUCUCUCUCCUCAACAAUCGUCGACGGCAAGACAACUCGUCAGUCCGCCGCCGCUGCAUCUUCCCAAUGUGUCACCUUGCCCACCCUUCCGCCGCCGCCUGCUGUCCAAAGCCGUGCUGCCAGAGCCACUGCUUACUGUAGAAAGAUGGCAAGGAAUGUGGUCUCAAUGGCAACAUCAACUGGAGAAGUUGUCACAGCAGAGCCCACAACAGCUGAAACGGCAACCACUGAGCUGCCAUCAGAGCUUGUCCAAAAAAUUCAAGAAGCUUGGGACAAAGUUGAUGAUAAGUACGCAGUCAGUUCGUUGGGUGUUGCUGCAUUUAUUCUGCUUUGGAGCUCCACUGGAGUGAUCUCGGCAAUUGACAGGCUUCCUUUGAUUCCUGGUGUCCUUGAGCUUGUAGGAAUUGGUUACACUGGUUGGUUUGCCUACAAGAACUUGAUCUUCAAACCCGACAGAGAAGCUUUGAUAGCAAAGAUCAAGGAUUUGUACCAGGAUAUUCUUGGGAGCAGCUAAAAAGGAAACAGAGUCCCUAUGCUGCUGCAGAGACAUGGUCAAAAUAGAUUGCAGUUGAACAAUCUUGCAGCUUUGCUCUUCAAACUGUAAACUCUGCUUCAUUCUUUUGCUGUCUUUUUAUUCUAACAGAAUAAAACCCAACUGAACUAUGUCUAUAUAUGUGCUCAUCUGUACAUUGUCUUUUCAUUUCCUCACCUUCAAUAUGUUUUAUCAAUGCUGUCAAGUAAA